AUGCUUCCCCGAUUGCGGAAAAACGCCUGGCGGGGAGCUGACCAGGUCUUCAUGCGGAAGGAGGCGGAGGAGGAGGAGGAGGAAGAAGAGGAGGAGGUGGGCGCCAGCAGGCGUGGCAGAACGAAGAGGAAGAAGAAGAAGAAGAAGAAGAAGAAGCAGAAACGCCAUGAACGGAAAUGUUUGGCGCUCCGCGUGGAUUUCUUUGAUCCGCGCUGGACCCACCUCCCUGGAGCGCUUUGCGCGCCAGGGGCGGCGCCAGGGACGCCGCCAGAGGGCCUUGCGUCUGACUCGAGCUUCGAGCUCCGAGAUCCCAGCCACAACGAUAGACAGCGCACAAAAAGCUUCUCAUCUUCGGCUACGUGGAGAACCGUGCAUAAGAUUGGGUGCUUCGAGGCGAGCUCAGAAGCAAAGUGAUCCGCUAAAAUCAGAAGUGUCCGCAAAAGCAGGGCACAGAAUAUUGGAACCCUCUCGGCUUGUAUCAGGUGCCUUCGGCGAACUGACCACAUCGCCCCAGCGUUUGCUUCACGAAUGCUGGCAUCAAAGUUAGCCUGCAGCCUACCGGAAGGCCGACUGCAAGAAUCGGCCGCGAGAGAACGGGCACGCGAUGCAGGAUAAGGGGGAGACCUGAUCGGCCCCCGUGCUAAGGCGCCAGGCGUGGUCAGUGGCCUCUACCUCCCUUGGAGGCCAAUGAAGGGGGACUCAAGCCAGAGAGAAAGAGAGCGACAGAUAUCUUGGGGCCAUCGAGGAGAAGAGUGCGUGGUCGGUGCCGUCACAGCUCUACACACUUGCGGCCCCGCCCUGUCAGUGAACACGACUGACAAUCGCAAUGUCAAAAGCGUACCAAUACUACCCCAGAAGAAGCACGAAGGGACACUGAGGAGAGAGUGGGUAACGCAACGGGAAGAAAAAAGCCUGGGCAAAAUCGACAGAGUCCUGCCGCAGCCGUGCGGACGCGGACCCAUCGCCCGUGCCCGCAGCUGGAGACACAGUCGGGAAACGCAUGUGCGUUCGCGAGCGGUCCCCGAAGCAGCAUGCUGGCCUAGCGGGACACCGGGAAGAGCAAGGUGCCACCACAGCCCUCCAGAGGAGUAGGCCGUGGCACCACUUGCUCGGAGAACGUUGUGCCAUGUGGGGUUCGCGGCACCACAACUCGGACGAUCAUUCUGGGCUGGUACCACCUGAAGCACCAUCUAGGGCACGUGCCCGUGUCUGGAAGGCCGUGGCACCCGCGUGCUCGGGAAGGCUGUCGCCCGGGUCCCCCGGGCGACGAGGCGGAGCUGCCGUUCCUCUCGUGGCGCCUGGUUUCGGGCCACCUCGGGGACUGGCGGAAGGGGACGAGGAGAGAGCGAGCACGCCAACGAAACUCCAUGGCAACCAUCAGGGGAAUUUUUCGCCUCUCACCCCCCGUGCUUGGCUG